AUGGAUCCGGACGAACCUAUCGACUUCAGCCAAAAAGUGUCCAAGUCAUUUGUCUCGAAAUUUCCUUUAAAGGAGACUCGGUGAGUUCCGUUCGAAUUAAGACUCUUAUAUGAUUACGUAUGAUAUGAUUCAGAAGAAAAGUGGAACCAGAGUUGAGCGGAAUCGAUUUUUUGAAAAGGCGGAAUUCAAUUUUUUUUUGGCGGAAGGCGAAAAGACGCGGCAUAGACACUGCCGUUACUCCUCCGUUUCAUGAAUCAGAAGAGUGUUUCAGUGAGUUAACAGAGAAUUUUAUAACUCGUAGAUGAAAAUUUCAGAUUUUGAGGAUGGUGUCUCCUACAUCGCCUGCAAUUUCACUUAUAACAACGUGUCUUUUUUCAGUUAUGAAAGUGACAAAGACUAUACAAUCACUGAUCUCUAAAUGGUACUUGUUUCUGGUUUUUAUGCUAUCCCAAUAAAAUUGUUUUUUCAUGCAGAAAUGAAGUGGAAAUAAACUGAAAAUUUUUAAGAAGCAUUUGGGUAAACUUUUAAAACUGACAGCUUUUGCGCAGACUUUGUGCAGCUUUUGCGCAACUAGCCAGCUGAAGCUGCGCUAACUUUGCGCAAAAGCUGCGUAAAGUUUGCGCAAAAGUGGCGCGCCUUUGCCGAGUAAGACCUCUAUCGGCCCUGGUUUUCAGUAUUUAACAAAAGCAACAAACAUGAAGGAAAGGGCAGUGGAGCUUAUUGAACAACACAUCGAAUGGCUGAAAGGAUGCGUUAUCCGACAGCUGCAGGCUGAUGUGUGGCGCCCAAAACGAGCAUGUGACAAUCAGCACACCUACAGGCAGCUAUGUCGCUUAGGGUUCCACAUAAAGCAAGACGACAACAAGGCGUGUGAGCCGAUAAUAAAAUUUUUCCCAAUGGUUUAUAACGCAUUUAUGGACAGUGAGUACCCGCAAUUUUUAAAAAAACGUUAUAUCUUUUUUUGGGAGGAUAACGACGAUGUGGAACUUGCUGAUGAAGCGUACGCUAACUUCGAGGAAAUGCAUCAAAACGAGCUCGACGAAUUUGAAGGCAUCAGCGAAUACUAAAAAGUCCGUCUUCUGCAUCACCGACUUGGCAGGUUGUGUGACGAGGACUGUGCGACGAUUGAGUUCAGGUAAAUUGUGGAAGUUUAUGCAAAUUUUUUCAUUGUGGUUGAUUUCAGUGAAGCUGCUGCUGUUCACAAAGCUCUGCUCGGCUACGCGAAAGGGACUCGUGACGGGAUGAGCAAAUCGGCCACGGAGUUCUUGGAAAACUAUUCCCCUUGCUACCAGGGUCUCCGAACACUCAGGCAGAGACUCAAAGAUCUCUCGAACUGUGAGGAAGGAAUUGCCAUUGUGCGAAAGAGCAACGACACGCCGAGAACGGAGAGUCUUAUCAGAGGACUACGGAUCCCUCAGAAGAUUAAGGACCAAAUAUCUAACGAGGUCGGAGUCAAAGAAAUCUUCACGCAUCAUACCGAGGACGUGGUGAAGUACUUCUAUUCUGAAAGGAUCGACGCGUUUCGGUCGCAAAUUCAAAGCAAUUCCGACAAGUACUGCCCAGUUUGUUGCAUGAUGAAUGCUUCGGAAGGAUUCCAACGGUCAACUAAAUUUGAAGCGCGAUUCGCGUUGAUGCCGGACAGCAACCCUUGUGGCAAGUGCGGUGCUCGAUACGAUUGUGACUCUUGCAAAACCGACAAAAUUCACAUUUGUCGAGCGUGUGGCAUCAGCAUGCGAAGGAAGAAUCUAUCCCAGCUCGCCAAAGCGAAGCGCCCUACUGGAAUGUUGCCAUGUGCUGGAGAAGAAAAAAACUCAAGACGACGCAGAUGCAGUUGUUCGUAGGCACUCGGUGGACGGUGGUAUACUCCUUCAUGAAGUUCCUUUCAUCCAGCCGCUCCAACCCGUCAAUCAGCCAAGUGGAAAUAGUCUGACACCUCUUCAGCAGUUUCAACUGCAGGAAGUCGGAAAAAAAGCCACACAAAAAAGACGUUCCAAACCAGGAUCUCAUGGCUUUUCCUCAUUUGUUCCCGGCUGGUCGAGGAGGAUUCAUGCAAAGAAGCUGACAUCGGCGAGGUACCUUCGGUCUGUUCUUCUCAACGAAAACCGAGGAAUAGCAACCAACAUGCAUUGGCUCAGCUACCAAUACGCCCGUAAACUGCAAACUGCAAUUUCUUCAUUCCAAGGAGUGCAAUCGAGAGGGUACCGAAACAAGGACGAGGAGUUCGACUUGAAAGAUCUACGUGUCGUGCAAAGCCUGUCGUCAGUGUUCAACAAAAUCCGUGGAUUCAAGCAGUAUUGGGAAGUGGUCAAAAUCGUCUCAAGUUUUAUGUGGCAGUUCAUGGACCACCAACUUGGUUCGUGACCCUCAAUCCGAACGAGAGAGAGUGGACCGACUUGCACGCACUGUACUCGAGACUUCUUGGAAGAACCGUGAACAGCGACAACAUACGUGCAGAAAUAGAGCGAGAUCCUGUGCCCUUCAGUAGGUACUGGAAUGUGCGAGUCCGAAGCAUAAUGAAGAACGUCAUUCUUCACAAGGACGGACCACUGGGAAAUGUCGUGCAUCACUACACACGUACAGAGUACCAGCAUCGCGGAACUCAACACGUGCACUGUCUGUUCUGGUGCGCGGACAAACCCAACGAAAAAGCGUCGACAGAUGAAGUGCGGCAGUACAUCGACAAACAUAUAACUGCUCGCUUGCCUGGGAUCGAUGAGCCGGAACUGAGAGCAUUGGUGGAAAAGUGUCAAUCGCACUACAACACGCACUCCGCAACUUGCCGGCGCAUCAAAAAGUAUCGAGGUCGCUUCAACUUCUAUUAUUAUAUAUAUUUUUUUUUCAGCUCUUGCCAUCAUCGGUCUCGUCAGCAUCUGCGUCUUCUUCUCGUUCCUGCUCUCCGUCUUCCUUUCCAAGUACCGUGGAUACCCGUACUCGUUCCUCUUCGCUUAA